UCGUAAUCCUAAAUCUACAUAUACCAACUUCCAAGAUCCACCCAACAAUCGCAUAAUUCAUCCUCACGACAAAUUCGCGAUCACAAACCACGGAUUACCUGCCGAGAUUAUCAAGAUGGCGGCUACUGGCCAGAAUUUCUACGAGCUUUAUCGACGAAGCAGCGUCGGUACCGCUCUAACUGAUACCCUCGACGAUCUGAUUACCGAGCAUCGGAUAGAUCCCCAACUCGCCAUGAAGAUCCUAGCCAACUUUGACCGCGCCAUAACAGAGGUGCUUCAAGACAAGGUCAAAGCUCGUCUGACGUUCAAGGGUAGUCUCGAUACCUACCGAUUCUGUGACGAAGUCUGGACUUUCCAACUUAAGAACGUGACUUUCAAGAUGGAGAAUGGCGGACAGGUCGUUCAGGCAGACAAGGUCAAGAUAGUAUCUUGUACCGCGAAGCCCGCCGGAGCUGCCGCAUAGAAGCAUUGUAUCGCUCUUUCCGAAAUUUGCGAGAGUCGACAUCCUCGUUUCCCACGGUCGACGCACGUCCGAUGAGGCGAUAUCGGAGGCCUUGUACUUUUACAUCACGACACACCAUGCGUCUAUGAACAUGCGUAUAAGAGGAUGAUUUCACACGCUCGGCCAUCUUUCUGGUGCCUUUCACUUUCCUACCUUUCCUACGACUUCAAUACGACUUCGACGACAAUCCAUGACCAAAGUCAACAACAUCAGAUUUCUCAGGAAGCUCUGAAUGUGAAUAUGGGUCAAAGAUCUAGAUUGGAAGGUGGCAUCAUUGUGUAAUUAUGGUUUAUUUCUUUCAAGGCGAACAUUCACGGACAUCGGCAUGCGGUGACGGAAUACAUCACGAAUGGUUUUCACGGCGUUCUACGGAAACGGACAACCUCAGAUUGUACUGCCACUGCACUAACAAUCGGGAUUACGCAUUGCAUUUUCGCUUAAUAAAAAGCAUUUAUGCCCA